AUGGAAAUGCCACAAUUUCAUCUACCUUCAUCGCUCGAUCUGACAGACCGUAAUCUGGCAGAUAGCUUUAAGAAAUGGAAACGUCAGUUACAACUUUAUAUGGAAGCUAGUGGGAAUAAUAACAAGCCAAAGCAGCGACAAACGGCUAUUAUAUUACACUGUGCAGGCCCGCAAGUCCUUGAGGUUUAUGAUCAUUUUGAAUUUGAAGGAGAAAAUGACAAAAAUGAUCCUGUUAAAGUGCUCGAAAAACUAGAGGAAUAUUGUAAUCCACGACAAAAUGAAGUUCUACAAUCCUUUCGCUUUUGGCAAGUACCUUUCCAAGAACAUUUUGACACAUUCCUAACAAAGUUGUACUCUUACGCUGAUUCUUGCAAUUUCAAGGAAAAAGAAAGAAUGAUACGAGACACUGUAACCGGUAAGCAACAAAAACUGUUAUUACGAGAGACUAGUUUAGACUUAAAGAAAGCUGUAGAAAUAUGCAGAGCCUAUGAGAUCACCUCGAGAAAUAAAAAGGAAAUGAGUGAAAGCAGUCAACUACAGAAGAUUGAGCAUAUAGCUGGCAAGAAAAGCUCAAAGUAUCCAACAAAACAACACCCUGAACAACAAAAGAACAGGAAUAACCCUCACAUCCUGAAUGAGUGCAAUUUUUGUGGAAAGUCUCAUGAAGCCAUUAAGACAAAGUGUCCCGCCUGGGGAAAACUCUGUAACCAUUGUAAAGGCAGAAACCAUUUUGAAGUCAAGUGCAAGAAAGUACACACACUAGAGACAAAAAGCAACUCUGAUGAAUCUGAUGACUCUGAUACCAACUGGCUUGCAACUGUGGAAGUUCCCAACAAAACCCGUGCCACUGCUCUGAUGCAAGUAAAUGACUGUGACGUCAGAUUUCAGCUUGACACUGGAGCCGAUGUGAACACACUGUGA